CUCACAGAAGACUGAUCGGGAGGCCUGAGGAGGCCGCUCUUCCCUGAUAUGAGGCGAAAGGGCCUAUGGUUGCGCCUGAGGAAGAUACUCUUCUGUGUUUUGGGGUUGUACAUUGCCAUUCCAUUUCUCAUCAAACUAUGUCCUGGAAUACAGGCCAAACUGAUUUUCUUGAAUUUCGUAAGGGUUCCCUAUUUCAUUGAUUUGAAAAAACCACAGGAUCAAGGUUUGAAUCACACAUGUAACUACUACCUGCAGCCAGAGGAAGAUGUGACCAUUGGAGUCUGGCAUACCGUCCCCGCAGUCUGGUGGAAGAACGCCCAAGGCAAAGACCAGAUGUGGUAUGAGGAUGCCUUGGCUUCCAGCCACGCUAUCAUUCUGUACCUGCAUGGGAACGCAGGUACCAGAGGAGGUGACCACCGCGUGGAGCUUUACAAGGUGCUGAGUUCCCUUGGUUACCAUGUGGUCACCUUUGACUACAGAGGUUGGGGUGACUCGGUGGGAACGCCAUCUGAGCGGGGCAUGACCUAUGAUGCACUCCACGUUUUUGACUGGAUCAAAGCAAGAAGUGGUGACAACCCUGUGUACAUCUGGGGCCACUCUCUGGGCACUGGUGUGGCAACAAAUCUGGUGCGGCGUCUCUGUGAGCGAGAGACGCCUCCAGAUGCCCUUAUAUUGGAAUCUCCGUUCACUAAUAUCCGCGAAGAAGCUAAGAGCCAUCCAUUUUCAGUGAUAUAUCGAUACUUCCCUGGGUUUGACUGGUUCUUCCUUGAUCCUAUUACAAGCAAUGGAAUUAAAUUUGCAAAUGACGAAAAUGUGAAGCACAUCUCCUGUCCCCUACUCAUCCUGCACGCUGAGGACGACCCGGUGGUGCCCUUCCAGCUUGGCAGAAAGCUCUAUAGCAUCGCCGCACCAGCUCGAAGCUUCCGAGACUUCAAAGUUCAGUUUGUGCCCUUUCAUUCAGACCUUGGCUACAGGCACAAAUACAUUUACAAGAGCCCUGAGCUGCCACGGAUACUGAGGGAAUUCCUGGGGAAGUCGGAGCCUGAGCACCAGCACUGAGCCUGGCUGGGGGAAGGAAGCAUGAAGACCUCUGCCCUCCUCCCAUUUUCCUCCGGUCAGCAGCCCGGCAUCCUGGAGCCCCGGGGGGCCAGCACCUGCAAUGCUCAGGAGCCCAACUUGCACCUGGAGAGGACUCAGAUGCCAGGUGGGGAGGACCCUGCAGGCCUGCAGUGCCCGGAGGCCUGAGCGUGGCUGUGUGUGGAAAGCGUGGGUGGCAGGCACGUGGCUCUCCUUGCUGCUACGCAACCUGAGAUCUUGUUGGGAGACUUAUUGACAGCAGGCAGCCAUCACUGCCUGGUUGAUGCUGCACUGAGCUGGGCAGGGGGAGGCCGGGCAGGGGACUCUUAGGGCUCAGGACCAUGCUGAGCUUUCCGGCACCACCCACAGAGAACAUGGGGUCCAGGUUCUUUCUGCCCCUUCCCAGCACACGCAGAAUGACUCCAGUGGUUCCAUCGUCCCCUCUUGCCCUGUGUACCUGCUUGCCUUCGUCGGCUGCCCUGCCUCCUCUGGGCUGGCCCACUCACCCACAGUGGAGGUGCCCAGGAUCUGCACUUCCUCCCCUUUCACCCACCUGUACGCCUAACCUGGCCUUAGACUGAGCUUUAUUUAAGAAUAAAAUUGUGGUGGUGGUCCUUUUGUC